AUGACCUCGGUGUCCUCAAUGGUAGCUAUGGCCAUGCCUGUGUUGCUGUUGAAGCCGUACAUCAGUGUCCUCCUGCUGCUUCAGUUCAGACAACAACUAUUGGCUCAAAACAGCGGACCUAAAGGAGAGAAGGGAGAUCGAGGCUUUACUGGCCCAAAAGGUGACCAGGGACAACCAGGCCCACCCGGCUUCGAUGGCUCACCUGGCAUAACCGGUUUGAUGGGACCACGUGGCAAACCUGGCAUUACUGGCUCAUCUGGCAUGAAAGGUGAAGAGGGACCACCUGGCCCACUUGGCUAUACUGGCUCACCUGGCCUAAAAGGUGAACGGGGACCACCUGGCUUUACUGGCUCACCUGGCCUAACAGGUAGGCCAGGACUAGAUGGCUUACAUGGCCUAAAAGGUGAACAGGGACCGCGUGGCCCACCUGGCAAGCCUGGCGCACCAUGGCAACAAGGGCAUCUUGGAGGUGACAUCACAUCUCUAAAAUCUGAGAUCCAGCAUCUAAAUGCCAAGAUUGCCAUGAUAGAGAAAUUUGCAAGUUUUGAUGCAUUCAGAAAGGUUGGACAGAAAUACUUUGUUUAUGAUGGCCUUGUAGAAAGUUUUGAUAAUGGGAUCAAAUGGUGCAAGGAAAUUGGUGGAACAAUUGCUUUGCCAAGAAAUGCUGAUGAAAACCGAGCGAUGUUAAGAUUAUCGGUAGCCAGUGGAUUAACUGGUCAUAAGCCAUAUGUUAGAGUCACAGACAGAGAUAAAGAAGGACAGUUUGUAGACAUUGAUGGAAAACCCUUGACUUUUACCAACUGGGAUUCAGGUCAACCUGAUGAUUAUAAGAGAGCACAAGACUGUGGUGCUCUCACAGUGGAUUCAGGUUUUUGGGAUGAUGUUGGUUGUAACCAAAAUGAUCCACAUCAUAUCAUAUGUGAAAUAGAAAUCAAAUAA